AUGUCGCGAUCCAGGAACGUCAGGCAUUCAAUGCCAGCAGAGCUACUGGCUUCAAAUAAGCUUACUGCGAAACGUUAUAGAUUUUUUCACCCAUAUGAGCAGAAAUAUCGCUCGUCCGCCUCUUUAACGGGAAAUCAAAUCAGAAUUUAUUCAUCGACGCCAACAUCUAACAAGAGAUCUCAAUUAGAAUCAGAAGAUUCUCAAAGAUCUCAAGCCUCGACUGCUAAAUCUUCUCAACGUUCUCCACAAAAAAAUCAACAAGAGCAAAAGAAACAACUUCCCUCGAUUUUAGAAGACGAACAAUGCAUUGAAGCAAGAAAUAAAUAUAUGGGCCAAGAGAACCCUACAUUCGAAGAAGAAGAUCCGGAAUUUCUUAAAGUUUUUGUUGAGCACAUGAAAGCUUAUACAUUAGAUUGUGCUUCAAAGGAACAGUAUGAAGAAGGUAACCAAGCAAACAUUCUCACACAAAAUUUAAUCGAAAAAUUACAUUCCAUCAAAAAUUCUUACCAAAAGUCAGAAGACGAAAAGAUCGAAUAUCAGAAGAAGGCCGAUGCCCAAAAAGAAAAAUGGAAACAAGAACUCGAUGAAUAUGAUCAGCAGACACAAGAAAGAUUAAAGGCUUUAGAAGAGAAACAGCAAGAAGAAAUUGACAAAUUCAAUAACGGUUGGGAUGAAGAUACAAUGAGAAAGUACAGAAAACCAUCAGGACAGCUUUUGAACCUUUGGAGAAUGGAAAAGUUUUUAGCAAAGCAGAAACAGUUCGAAGAAGCUGAGAGAAUUCACGGAGAAGCUGAGAGGAUGUCUGCUGCUGAACAAAAACAAGCUCAAGCUAAUGUUGAAAAAGAUUAUAAAAUGAAAUUAGAUAAACUUGAAAAGAAACAUCAGCAAGAGAAAGAAAAAUUGUUUAAAGAAUGUGAAGCUGGAAAGAACGUUAUAAUUACAAGACAAUCUAAAGAAGAAAUGCAAUUAUUGAAUCGUGAGACCGUUGUGAACUUUAAAUCACAAGAAGCACCACGUAAAAACUCUCCUCAGAAGGAAUGUGGAACAAGAGAUCUUCAAAAGAAGAAAUAUUCCCAACCUUCCGUUUCAUUCCAAUUUCCAACCACUUUACCACCUCUUAAUCCACCAGUUCAACAAAAGAAUAAAGAAGAAAACAAUGAGAAGAAGGAAGAUAAGGAAGAGCAAAAGAAAGAACAAGAGAAAGAUAAUCAACAAAAAGAAAAGCAAGAAAAUGAAGGAGAGCCAAAGAAAUCUUCUUCUUCCUCUUCCUCUUCCUCUUCAUCAAGCUCAUCGGCAGAGAAUAGUCCGAGAAAAUCCGAAAAAUCAUCUUCCAGAUCUGAGCCAGAAAUGAAAGAUGAAGAAACAGCAACACCAGAACAAAAUCCUGAUGAGAAAUAA